AUGGCAGAAUCAGAAGAUGGCGAUUUUACAGCUUUGCCGUUGUCAGAACGGCUGAAUCACAAAUUAUGGAAAGCACGCAUGCACGGUUACCAAGAGCUGAAUAACACGUACAAAAAAGCCUCUAUCAGAGCUGUGCCGCGUGAAAUCUCUCAGUACUGGACGAAUCCGGAUCAUUUCGCUCAGUACAUUGUGGACUCGAACGUUGUGGCACAGGAACAGGCAAUUGCAGCACUUUUGAGUCUUCUCGAAUAUUUGUGUCAACUUCCAGAAACUCCUUCAUCAGCCUCUAUGCGUGCUUGCUGGCUUCCCUCGCUAGCCGAAAAAGGCCUGGGCUCUUCCAGGGCUGCUACAAAGCAAAAGGCUCAAGAAUGUAUCUUGGCAUUGGUUUCGUUGGAUGAGUCGAUUGCAGCUUCGAUCGAGCUUUUGGAACCCUUGCUGAAAAAUAAACUGCCGCGUCUCGUUGCAAGCUGUGUGGAGUGCAUGGCUCGAAUAGUCGAAUUUUUCGGGCUGCAACAAAUUUCUAACAUAACGGCUUUCCUUCCACUGCUUUUGGAGCCCAUACCGCGUCUUUCCAGUCAUGCCGACAAAACCGUCCGUUCGCAAACCAUGGAUUUAGUCUUGCAACUGUACAAAUGGCUAGGCCGCGAUCUCCUGCAGGAGCUUCUUCUGGAGAGACUGAAACCCAUCCAACAACGCGAUCUGGACAAGACAUUUCAAAAAUAUCAAGGCGAAAUCCCUCCAUCGUCACAACCACGAAUGUUUCAAUGGCAAAAACAACAAGCAUCCGACGAACUGGAGACCGAUAAAGAUGGUGACACUCUGAUGGGUGGUGCAUUCCAAACAAAUGACAGUCACCACAGUGGUAGAAUGGGAGCACAGGGCCCACAGGGGCCCAAGAUCAACCCGUUCGAUCUCUUACCGUCAAGUAUCGUUCUGGACAAAUUUCCAAACGAUUUUCAAGAGCGAGUCACCUCUUCGAAAUGGAAAGACAGAGUUGAAGUUCUGGACGAGAUUCUUAAUCAAAUCUUAAUGCCCGCCAAAAAACUAGAGGCCAAAAACCAGGACUACAGCGAUUUUCUCAGAUCCCUGGCGCAUGUUAUAGAAAAGGACGCAAACGUGCAGGCCGUGACAUUAGCUGCUCAGUGUGUGCAGCAGUUGUGCUCGAAGCUGCUAGCUAAUUUCAACAGGAAUUAUGGCUCGCUAGUGGUCACUGCACUUUUGGAGAGAUCGAAAGAGAAAAAGUCUUCUGUCAACGAAGCUAUAUGCGAAGCUCUUCACCAAAUUUCCGAAUGCUGCGGGGUCGACUCUUGUUUAGAGGAGACUUUACGCUACAUGGCCCAUAAAACUCCUCAGGUUCGAAUGGAAAGCACAAAGUUUUUGACACAUCUUCUCAAAAUAUGGAAGCCUGAGUCGCGUAACCUAAAUGAUGAAUUGCUUUUAAAAUUGGUUCCUGAUAUUUCUCAAUCGUCGCUUAAAAUCGUCAACGACACACAACCUGCGAUACGUGAUAGUGGUUACGAAUGUUUGGCGACUUUGAUGAAACUUGUUGGUGAAAGAGAAGUUUCGGAUGUUGUUGACAAACUUGACAACUUGAAAAAGAAGAAGGUCUACGAGCAUUUUGAAAAGGUAGAGGUGGCGGGUGAAUUACGCACACAGCGCCCACAAGAUCAGACUGGUUCAAUUGCCAUGUCUAGGGAAACUAAUCAUUUAUCAUCCCGCACACAGGACGCCAAUCGCGGCAAAGCUCCGAUUAAAUCGGGUGCGAAUCCUUCUUCUCUUUUAGAAGGUGCCUCGACCUCUCUUCGCAAGCCACUUUCUACGCUUCCUUCUAAAAGAGGGCCUUCUUCACCUCUCAAGACAGGAAAUAAGGUUGAACCUUAUCAAAACGGGUUACCGUCCAUGAAAUCAAGACUCACCACGCGUGCGUUGACGACCGAUUCACCAAUCGGCUCUAACAAAGCAAAGAUCGUGAGUGUAGAGCUAGAGGACCUGCGCAAUCAAAAGCAGAAAUGGCUUAAAGAGCGCCAAGAGUUCUUAAACACCAUAACGGAGUUUCAGAGCCGAUCUUCUCGAGUAAACUCUGAGAAACUGUCACUUCAGCAGCAGCUGGGUACCGUUCAAGCAACUCUUCACGAACGCAACUUGGAGCUGCGUUCGAAGGAAAUGCAAAUCACGCGUCUUCAGGAUCGUGUGUCCGUUCUAGAAGCCGAACUGGAGUCUAAGACCACAUUGCCCUCUUCCACUUAUGGUGUGAGAUCUGUAUCAUCGUUUGAUCCGCCCUCCGCACCUAUUUUACAGGUACCGCCUAGAACGCCACCACCUAGAAGAUUACUAUCGUCGUCGUCCAAUGGUCUCAGCUCUCCUUCGAUCGAGAACAAUCGCGAAAGGGGUUUAAACAGUCGGAUUUCGAGCUUGAAUAGCAGAGCGAGAUCACCCAGUGAAUCGAGUGAUGAUCUUCCUCACAGAGUCAACUCCUUACAGCUAAGAAACGAAGCUCGGUCGGCAGAGCGACAACCAGACUCCUCGGGUGUGGACCGAUCAUCGAGCUCCAACAGCAAUUUCUUUAAUGACGAAAGUUGGAAGCGAGCGGCAGAGGUUACAUCCCAGCUAAAGGCACGAAUCGAACGAAUGCGUGCCAAAACGCGUGACAUGGGGAAUUCGUAA